AUGGAAACCAGAAAGGAGAUGGUGCUGUUUCUGGACGGAGUUCAGCUUGGCCCUGUGGCUGGCAAGAGGGCGCCUAAUAUGGCAGAGGCCGUUGGGGUCUCGGGCCUGGAUCCACAGGACAAGAUGAUGCCCAGGAUUUGCUCGAGCUCUAGAGCUGCCUCCUUGUCCGCCCGGGAAAAUGGAGGAGCGGGAAGAGAAGAGGAGGAGGUGGAAGUCCUACCAGCACCAGGGACCGUCCCAGAGAACCGCUCCGCAGCAGCAGCGCUUCUUUCUGCUAAUCAGCAGACCUCCCUCCACCGCCUUCCCCCCACCAAAGCCCCCCAAAGCAGUUCCGACACCGAAUCGGAUUUCUAUGAGGAAAUCGAGGUGAGCUGCACCCCGGACUGCGCCCCUGACAACGCGGAAUACCACCUCCAGCACGGCAAAGGUCAGUGCUCGGAUACUUCAGCAGGGAGCCCUAGCAGCGAAGGAGAUCUUUCCAAGGGCAGCGGUGGUUCUCAGGGGUCGUUGGCCUGCAGCGCCAGCGAUCAAAUGCGCCGUUAUCGCACCGCCUUUACCCGGGAGCAGAUAGCCAGGCUGGAGAAAGAGUUUUACCGGGAGAAUUACGUGUCCAGACCCAGGAGAUGCGAGCUGGCAGCCGCCUUAAACUUACCCGAAACAACUAUCAAGGUAUGGUUCCAGAACCGGCGGAUGAAAGACAAGAGGCAACGCCUGGCUAUGACUUGGCCCCACCCGGCGGAUCCAGCUUUCUAUACCUACAUGAUGAGCCACGCAGCGGCCACCGGCAACUUGCCCUACCCCUUCCCCUCCCACCUGCCCCUGCCUUAUUAUUCCCACAUGGGCCUCGGAGCCGCUUCGGCUUCGGCCGCAGCCGCCCCUUUCAGUUCCCCUCUGAGGCCGCUGGACACCUUUCGCGUCCUUUCCCACCCGUACCCGCGACCAGAACUGCUGUGCGCCUUCCGACACCCCUCUCUUUAUGCCGGUCCGACCCACGGGCUGAGCGGUGCCGGAGGGAGUCCCUGCUCCUGCUUGGCUUGUCACGGCAGUCAGGCGACCGGGCUAGUCCAGCGGCCUUCGGGAUCGGACUUUAGCUGCUCGGCCACCACCCGGACGGACUCCUUUCUCACGUUUACACCUUCAGUGCUGAGCAAGGCCUCCUCGGUCCCCCUGGACCAGCGCGAAGAAGUCCCUUUGACUAGAUAA